AUGGAUACCUCCGAGGUUCGACAACGAAAGCAUGACCCUCAACUGAAUCACACAGCCGCUCCGAAGAAGCAGCCUUCCGACGGUCAAGAUGAGGAACCCCGUUUGAAGCAUGGCAUUGCGAUGCAGCUUCUCCGCUCUUUGCUCCUGGCCACAUGGUUCAACUGCUGCUGCGUUGCCAUCCUAGCGACCCAGGUCAUCGGCUCCCCUCUAUACGUGAUAAACAAGGAUUGGUAUUAUUCCUAUAUGGCAUACACAAAGCAGUCCUUUGGCUUGGUCAUCACGGCUCUCACUCAAUGGGGCUGUCCUACCUUUGUGCGAGUCAGCGGUGACAAGAGUGUACGGGGUCAGGUCCACGUCGCAGAGGAUGGGCGCUUAAAGACCCAAUUCCCAGAGCGAUUGGUCCUCAUAGCCAAUCACCAGGUGUAUACUGAUUGGAUCUAUCUGUGGUGGGUGGCAUACACGAAUACGAUGCACGGCCGCAUCUUCAUCAUCCUUAAGGAAUCCUUGAAGUACAUUCCUAUUAUCGGCCAGGGUAUGACCUUUUACGGCUUUAUUUUCAUGGCUCGCAAAUGGUUGUCCGACAAGCCCCGUCUGCAACAUCGAUUGGAGAAGCUGAAGACUCAGCAUACGGGAUCGCAGUCAGGGUCCCCGCAAUAUGACCCCAUGUGGCUUCUGAUCUUUCCUGAGGGGACGAACCUAUCCAUCAACACCAGGCGGCGGAGUGCAGAGUAUGCCGCAAAGCAGGGACUCUCCCCGUUGAAGCAUGAGCUGAUUCCCCGUUCCACUGGUUUAUUUUUCUGUCUACAGCAGCUGCGCGGGACAGUGGAGUGGGUCUAUGACUGCACCGUAGCCUACGAAGGACCUCCAAAGGGUAAUCUACCUGACAAGUACUUUACCCUUCGGUCGACGUAUCUGCAGGGGCGACCGCCCACUUCGGUCAAUAUGCAUUGGAGACGUUUUGCCGUGUCCGAGAUCCCUCUGGAUGACCAGCAAGAGUUUGACUCGUGGCUCCGCGAGCGUUGGACCGAGAAGGAUCAGUUGCUUGAGGAGUACUACGAGACAGGGAGGUUCCCGUCCGAGCUGGCUGGGUCUAUCGAGGUUGGGCAUGGAUUCGAGGACCGGAAGACUGCCGCGGCUGCAGGGUAUGCUGAGGCACAUGUGCGGUUGGGACACUGGGCCGAGGUUGGCCGGAUAUUCAUGGUGCUUCUAGGCGCGGUGUUCCUCUGUAAAUUGCCCAAGCUCCUGGGAUUCUAA